AUGGCCUCCUCGGCAGGGCCGGGGUCCCGGGGCGGGCCUAGCGAGCCCAAGCGCCUCGAGCCUGGGGCCGACGACUGGUGCGACAGCGGGCUGGGCUCGCUGAGCGAGAGCCAGCUGCGCCAGCUGCAAGGGGACGGGGGCGGCCUGGGGGGCCCCGGCGAAGCGGAGGCGGCGCCCCCAGGGCGGGCGGGGAGCCCCGAGCAAGGCCCCUCGAAGGCCCUGGCGGGCGACGGCGACGGCGACGACGCCUCGGAGCGCCUGGACUCGGCCCUGGGGGGCGACGAGGACGUGGGGGGCCUGGCGGAAGGGGUGGGGGCGGUGCGGCUGGAGAGCGAGGAGGCGGCGGCGGCCGUGGCCCCCGAAGCCUGGCUGCACCACGUCCUGGGCUUCGUCACCGAGGACGGCGACACAGCCCUCCACCUGGCUGUCAUCCAUGAACAUGAGGCCUUUCUGGACUCCAUCCUGCAGUACACUGAAGGGACAGAUUACCUGGAUAUUCAAAAUGACCUUGGACAGACCGCGCUGCACAUUGCAGUCAUCCUCGAUGCUUCGGAUUUUGUCGGCAAAUUAGUGUUGGCAGGAGCGGGGCUGUGCGUGCAGGAGAAGGGUGGACACACGGCCCUGCACUUGGCAAGUCGCGAAGGGCGGCGGGAAUGUGCGCAGCGCCUUCUGGCCCCACCUGUGUCACAAAGGUCCUGCCAUGGGAACGGCUUCCGGGCCCAGCUAGACUGCACCAAUUACGAUGGUUACACACCCCUCCACCUUGCUGUCUUGCGGAAAGACUUGGAGAUGGUCAGUCUCUUAAUCGCAGGGGGAGCUGAUCUCAACAAACCGGAGCUGAGCUGUGGCCGGAGUCCCCUUCACCUGGCAGUGGAGUCGCAGAACCCUGAGGUGGUAGAGUACCUGCUGCGGGCUGGAGCUGACCCAGAAGCUCGCAUGUAUGUCGGCUACACACCCAUGUACAGCGCUGUGCACCGGCCCGACCAAAAAAUCCCACAGUUGUUGCGGGAGUUUGGGUCAGAGGAGCCCGACUGGGAAUCGGAGGAGAGCCUGGACAGUAACAGUGAGGAGGAGUACGACGACAUCGUUAUCAACAGUGGGCAUUAGAAGGCCAGGAGAAAGAGGAUCUUCGUCACCUACGACACGAUCCAUUCCACAACGCAACAUUCAACCCGCGGCGGCCAGCUGUGAUUUCUGUAGCAACUGUAUCUUCACUGUGAGCUAGCUAUGACUUAUUUAUAGGGGGCGGGGGAGGGCAGCU